UUCUUAUCUCUUCACAACACAACACAACACAACACAACAAUGUGGCUUCUGCAACUUCCCAGCACGCUCUCAACACCAUUCCUCAACGGCAACAAUGGCGUCGCCCUCACCCGUCUCUCAAAGCCCACAUCCACACUCUCUCUAUCCCAACCCCAAUCCCUUCCAUCAAUCAAAGCUAUGAAAACAAUGGAAGGAAAAGUUGUGUGCGCUACCAACGACAAAACAGUGUCGGUGGAAGUUACUCGUUUAGCACCUCAUCCCAAAUACAAGAAACGUAUUAGGAUGAAGAAGAAGUAUCAGGCUCAUGAUCCUGAAAACGUUUUCAAAGUUGGUGAUGUUGUUCAGCUUUGUAAAAUUAGACCUAUUAGUAAGAAUAAGACUUUUCUUGCUGUUCCUGUUCCUGCUAGGAAUUCUGGUAAGGCUAAUAAUUCUUCCGGUGACCUCGACAUUCCGCUUCAAUCGGAGCAAGAAGAACAGCCUCAGACUCAGGCUUAGUUUUGCAGUCUCUCUCACUCUUUAAUUUGUUGUGUUUUUAUUUUUUGUACUAAUAUGAUGAAAUUGGAAUUGAGAAAUUGAUGUUGUUAUUGUUGUUGCUGUUAAUUUGUUAUUGUUAUUAUGAAAAAUUAUUAUUUGAUUAAUGUUGCUUUGUGGGUGUUUGUUGAAAUGUUGGAUGUGGUUUAUGAUAAACCCUCAAUUGUGAAAUUGCUAUGGUUGUGUAAUUAUGUUGAGAAUUUUAUUGUUUAGUGUAAUGGAUAUGUGUUUGAUGAA